AUGGAAAAUUCGCACCUAUUAUGUGUAAUUGGAUUAAUUUUCUGUGGGGUCUCUUUGUCAUCCCAAGCUAAUAUCCCUAGUCUAGUAAGACCAACAGGGUACCAUCAAGAAUUAGAAGUUGAAACAAGGCUGGAUUGGGUUAGCGAACUCAACAUCACGCAAAUAACCAGCGAUAACGAUCCCGAUACGAAAUUAAUCUUACACUUCAACGCUGACCAACUGUUCAGCCUACCCGGCCUAAAAGAUCACAGAUUACAAUUACAAAGCACCAGGAAUUUGAGCGCUUUCGGAACCGCCAGCGAAACCUUCCGCAGCCAAGUAACCGGCAACUGGUCAGGCCCAAUUGGCGUCAGCUCCGCCUUUCUAUUCGCCGAAGAAACCAUCCAGCGAUCCAUCAACUUCAGCGACUACACCAAGAGGUCCAAGGUGAAGUACAGCGUGGCGUUCAUCACCGAAAUCAACAUCACUUUAGCCGAAGGAGCCGCCGAGCAGCUCGAAUUCAUCGAGCAACCCGACUUGAGGCUACCCCAAGACGGCGUAGUCGGCUUGCUCCCGUUGGUGAACUCCACGGGAGUCGAUUACACGACUUGCUACGACACCUUGUGCAGCUCCACCACCACUAAUUCCUACGACGUUGUCAAGUACUACCCCUUCGGGAACGUCAUCGUGCUGGCCAGCAGACAAGUUGGACAAAACGUUGUUGCUUUCAGGACGGAAAACGAGCAGGGCAACCAGGUUUACUCGAGGAUAUCCUCCAUCAAGCUGGACUACUACGUUAUGAUUGGACAGCACACUUGUUGA